ACAGAGCUGAGUCAUAAAAAGCAGCUGACGGUUCACCAGAGACACUUCACCGACAUGUAUUCAUGGGGAGAGGACUCCCAGCAGGGCUUUAGGUUGACAGGUGGCUCAAUUACCUCAACAGGUGAUGAUCUGGUUCAUCAUUUAAACCUCAGUUAUCACAUCACGGAUCUGUCAGCAGCUCACAACGUGCUCGCCUUCGUCAAAACUAAUGGAGACGUGUUCAUCAUCCGCACAACUGAGAGCAAAGAUGGGACAAGAGUCAGAGGAAAACAGAAGUUUGUGAAGUGUAAAGAGAAGAUAGAGGCUGUGAGUUGUAGUGAUGAUGUGGUCACACUGCUGUCUGACAGAGGAAAAGUCCUCUGUGUGGACACAACUCACAGUAAUAUUCCAAGGCCUCUGGCAGCUUUGUGUAACAUACCGGUAUCUCAGGUUGCUUGUGGGAGCCAGCAUUCAGUUGCCCUGACCAAAGAUGGUCAGGUGUAUACGUGGGGCCAGGACUCCAGGGGCCAGCUGGGUCUGGGGAAGAGGAAGCCCGGCGCCAAUUCACCCCAACACCUCCGAUCUCUGUCAGCGAUUCCCCUGGUCCAGAUCGCUGCAGGGGGAGAGCAGAGCUUCGCCCUCUCUGUCUCUGGAGGUGUGUUCGGCUGGGGCAGAAACCACUGUGGACAGCUCGGCCUGGGAGACACAACAGACAGACAUACACCAACUCCUCUUCAUUACCUGAACAUGAAGAAAACCAUUCACAUUUCCUGUGGAAAGGACCACACUGCCAUUUUGACAAAGGAUGGUGCAGUGUUUACAUUUGGCUCUGGUCAAUAUGGACAGCUUGGGCACAACUCAUUCAGCGAUGAUCUACGACCUCGGCUUGUUGCAGAGCUCUGGGGGGCAAAGGUCACCAAGAUUGCAUGUGGACGACAUCACACAUUAGUGUUGACAGACUCCAAGAGGGUCUACUCCUUUGGGUGCGGAGAGCAGGGGCAGCUGGGACAUGGAGAGGAAAGUCAUCCGUCGGUGCCGCUACCAGUCCAACUGACACAGGACACCACGGAUGUUCCUAUAAUUAGAAACAUCUACGCAGGAGGAAACUGUUCGUUUGCAACGUGCACGUCUGUUCAGGAAGUUCAUGAGGAGUCAAACACUGAGAGUGUCAGCAAUGUAACACAGGACUCUAUUGUUGAUAUGAUUGACAAAUUGGUCUCUAAAUGUGCUUCAAAACCAUUGAAAAAGAUCAAACAGGAAAUCCACAGGACGUUUUCCUCUGCCUCCCGUAUGAAUCAAAUCUUCCUUGACCAAAGCAAAGAUAAACAUUUCCAGACCUCGCCAAAGUACUCCGGCUUGAACUUGUCAGUUGCGCAACUUGCUUUUGAGAAACUGGCGGAAAAGAAUGAUGUCUUGGCAGAGGUUGAGGCUACUGUCCUGCACAUGCUUCCCUCUCUUGAUGAGAGGCCAGUGGGAGUGGAGGGGCUGAGGAUCUUCCUGCUUCUCAAUGAGCUCCUGCAUGUGAUCCAGAGACGCCAACUGCAACCGAGCACAAAGCUCGCUGAGGCGGUCGCUGCUGCCGUGCAAAGACUUUCUGCUGAAAGCCUCCAGGUCAUAGCGGACUGGUGGUCCUCACUGCCGUCCUCCAUCAUGGUUAAACAUGUGAAGGCGUGGAAGCGGGCCCUCUCAGUGAUCCUGUCCUCUGAGCCUGAUCCUCACAACUCUGGAGUCAGAAACCUGCUACUAGUCCUCCAGCAUAUGUACAACGCCAAUAACAGGCUUGCAGGACGUCAGAGAAUCCCAGAAAAAACGUUCGGUUUGGAGGUUAGCCAAAGGAUUCUUCAAGAGGAUCUGCAGAUUUGGCGUUCAAUGGCAAACGUCAAGGACAUGGAUAAUCAGCCACUCCUCCUUUUUAACUUCCCAUUUGUGAUGGAUCUGAAAUCAAAGAAAAUGGCUUUUGACAUCUAUGCCUUAAACACUCAGAAAGAACACCAGGCUAAGAUGGUUUUGCCAAGUCCUUUUUUUGAACUGAAGCUGAAGCGAGCGUCACUUUUGGAAGGCACCUUCAAACAGCUGGCUGGUGCUCAUCAGAGCGCCUUCAAGAAACCACUUGUGGUCUAUUUCGAUGAGGACCCAGAGGUCACAGAUGUCUACAAAAGAGACCUUUUUUACCACUUGUUUCACGAAAUAGUGUCAACCAGAUUUGGGAUGUUCAUGUUCAACGACUCCGAAACGCUGGCAUGGUUCCCCUCCACAGCAACAGAGGUGGACAAGGAAUACUUCUUCCUGUUUGGGUUUCUGUGUGGACUGGCCUUGUACAACAAGAGCAUCAUACACUUACCCUUCCCAGUGGCUCUGUUUAAGAAGCUGCUCGGUGUGGAGCCGACAAUGGAGGAUAUGAUGGAAUUCAGCCCAGGUGUUGGAAAGAGUCUGCAGUAUGUCUUGGACUAUGAAGAUGAUGACCUAGAAGACCUGGAAAUGGAUUUUUUGAUUAACUGGGAUCGGGCAGACGUUGACCUUGACCCCCAAAAUCCUGGAAAAACAGUGACGGGUCAAAAUAAGCAGGAGUUUGUGGAUGCCUAUGUGGAUCAUGCCUUCAACGCAUCAGUGGAGGGUGUGUUUCAGGAGUUCAAGCGAGGCUUCUUCCAGGUGUGUGACCAGGAUUUGGUGAAGCUGUUUCGGCCAGCGGAGCUGCAGGGAGUGCUGGUGGGCCAAGACGUCUAUGACUGGGCAAAGCUGAAACAGAACGCAGUGAUGGAACUUCGUGUCGGCUACCCCACCAUACAGAUGUUUUGGGAGGUUUUUGAUGAACUCACUGAAGACCAGAGGAAAGAUUUUCUUUGGUUCCUGACUGGUUUUAGGAGGGUUCCUAUUCUUGGCAUGGACCAGGUCAAGAUGCAGGUUCGACUGACACAACUCCAGAGCGGUCAGAGCUACGAUCAGCACUUCCCUAGGGCUCUGACAUGUCACUCUAUUCUGUACCUGCCCUUAUACUCAUCCAAGGAGAUCAUGCGAGACAGGCUGACGGAGGCCCUGAUAACAGAGAGAGGAUUCUCCAUGUGAUGGUGGAUCCACAGCUGCUGGACAACGAGCGUGUACUGUAUCAGUGCUGAGAAAGGUUUUUACUUUAGGAUCAGCUUUCCUGCGCUGCUUCAGGAUUAAAACUAAAUCACUGUACUGAAUGCACAUGACUUGACAUUGUAAGGGUAUUUUAAAACGAGUGACCAGAGAGCAGCAUUUGCAGACAUUCCUUCCCAGCAGCUCUAUGGUGUAGCAGCAUAACAAAAGGCACUUUGAAAUUAUAUGUGAUUUUUUAUUUUUAUUAAUAUGUUAUGUUGCAUUAUCUCAGGAACGCCUUGAGGUAAUUUCUUAGAAUUUGGCAGAAACGUCCACUUGGACUCAAGGAUGAACUGAUUUUUGGUGGUCAAAGGUCAAGGUCACUGUAACCUCACGAAACACGUUUUUGGCCAUAACUCAAGAAUUCCAACCCGGUCUCACAGGAAGGCAUCUUAAUACCACGGCAUUACACGGACAUUCCACUUGUCAUGAGCACGCAUUUUAGCCUUUUCGCGUGUCCUUUGUUCACCAUGUAAACAUCCGCAGUUAGGUUUAGGCAGGAAAACCACUUAGUUAGGGUAAGGGAAAACGUCAUGGUUGGGCUUAAAAUAAGUAUGUGAACUAAGUAAAACAUGUACAGAAAUAACUUGUCACUAACAAACAAAUGUCACUAACGUAACUUAUAAAAUAAAACGCCAGUCAACAACGGUCUGGAACAUGGA